AUGUUCGGUAUCAUUGCUGGCACUUCGCUCAUUCAGAGCAGCCUCUUCCACACUGGCAUGACCAAGAUCCUCGUCACCACCGACCACGGCGAGGUCAUCCUCUACGUCACCCCCGCCGCUCUGGCCAAGCUGCCCGAGUGCGCCAAGGUCAUGGAGGCCUGCCCGGAGGGCUCUGCCCCGUCCCCCCUGGCCGACUACCCGAUUGUCUUCGCCCAGCGCCAUGCCGUCAGCGUCGGCCGGCCCUACUACCAGCCGCACGAGAUCAACGCCCCGGCCGUGGCCCUGGCCUUCCAGGCCCUCGGUGUCAAGAAGGCCAUCGGCUUCAACUCCGUCGGCGGUGUGAAGGACACCUUCCCCCCGGGCACCGCCUGCGUCCCGAACGACUACUUCUCCCCUUGGGGCAUGGCCUGCGUCUACAACGACCGCCGUGGCCACAUCGUCCCCGGCUACGACGAGGAGCUCCGCAAGCAGUUCAUUGACCUGCUGGAGAAGAACAACUUCAAGAUCCGCACCGACUGCGUCUACAUCCAGACCCCCGGCCCGCGCUUCGAGACCCCGGCUGAGGUCCGCUUCCUGAGCAACCUCGGCGACAUCGUCGGCAUGACCAACGCCGAUGAGGCCUCUCUCAUGAAGGAGGUCGGCGUUGCCUACACCUGCAUCUGCAUGGUGGACAACUUCGCCAAUGGUGUCGGUGGUGCCGAGCUCACCUACCAGUCCUUCCAGGCCGCUGUCGAGAGCAACCGCGCCACCAUGGAGACUGUUGCCCGCCUGGCCGUCGAGACCUUCAGCAAGUAA